AUGGGAGGCCUGCUGCGCGCCUACAAGCCGCUCGACGAGAUCUUUUGGGCGGCUGGCGUUUGUCAGAGAUCCGACUGGAAGGCUGGCCAUAUUUCACAAGGGGAGCGGGGCUUUCUUUUCAGGCUGGAGGUUCCAGAGACGAGAGGCCACGGACCUAUUGGCGAUGGAGACCUCAUGGCCACAAAUGUUAUAGUCAGCAGGAUCAUCAAAGAAAGCCUCCUGCAGCAUGGUUCAGGACUCCUCCCAGUUGUCCGGGAGGCGGUUGCCCAUGCAGCAAAAAGACUUGCAGAAAAAAAGGGACGGGGCAAGAUGGGUGAGGCGGCUAAAUGGUCUGCCGACCUUGCAAUGGGAGGUGUGACUUGGGAGCGGGUUGUCGAUGUGGCCUUGCAGGCAGUGACAAACUAUGGCGAGUCCGAAGCCAGUGGUCGAUUGUACGCAGUCCAAUCCAGGGAUGGAUGGGGGAUGGAGCUGUGUAAAUCGGUUGUGCUUCUUCUCGCAGCGUGCAUCCCGCUAAUGAAGCCCAUCAUCAAUGCUCGAAGCUUACAUAAGCGGGGGCACCAGUUGGCGCUGGCAGUCCACACUGUGCUGGACCUGUGGAUGCUCCUUACAGUGUUGCUUCUUUGUUCGGUGGCUCCCGGUGCACGAGAAUUCUCUCGCAAACUCGAAGAGGCCGCGGACAUAUGUGCCAAGGGGUUGGCACGAGGAUUGAAGGCUGGUGAUGGUGUGAAGAUUGUAGACUUCUUCGUUGACGAGUGUACCAUUUCCCACGCAAAUGCGAACCACUGUGACAGUGGCGCUGCCUUCUUCAAAGGCAUUGGCAGCGACCCGAGCAUUUUCCAACCACUGAAGGACGCGGUCGAUGGAAUCAAAGCUGGGGCUGAGAGCUUGUCAGUUCCCCGAGAGCACUUGGUGUUUCUUGGAAUGAGCCUAGUUGCCUUCACAUGGAUGUCCAAAAGCAUUGCAACUUCCUCGCUGCCCAAGAGGGUGCAAUGGUCUCAGACAGCUUCAGUGAGCCUGGGCAUCGCUGGCCCUUUCCACCUCUUGGGUUUCGUCGCAGACCAGGAUGUGAAAAAAACCCUUGAUGCUAUCAUGAGCAUGGUAGCAGCCCGCAGUAUGAUCCUGACCUUCGCGGUGGGCGUCGCAUGGUUUGGCACGAAGCCCGAGCUUUUUAUGGCGCUCACCGUCAACCGGGAGAUUUAUCGCGUCCACCUGGUGCUUGCCUGGAUGGGUCUGUGGACUGCGCAUUUCAUGUCCGCCUUCUUUGCCUUGGAUUCGAUAAGAGCUGCCCACCGCAGCCAGAGUAAAAAGAAGGCAAUGGCGGGGGAUGUGGAGAAGCUUCAUGCGCAGGGCCCAGAAGCUCCGAUCAUUCCUGCUGACCCCGUCCGCCGAGCUAGUCGCGCGCCACCCCCGCCGCGUCGACCCAGCAUGUAUGGCACGAUUCCUGCUGCCCCUCCCGGCGUGAACAACCCCACGACUGCUCCAGG